AUGGAUAGGAUCAGCAAUCUACCUGAUGAGAUUGUUUGCCACAUCUUGUCCUUCGUCUCCACAAAUGAGGCUGCUUUAACUUCUGUUCUCUCGAAGAGAUGGCGAAAUCUUUUUGCCUUCACAUCAAAUCUCUGUUUCGAAGACAAAGCCUUUGCCACUGAUGAGGAUCCCGGAACGGACGUCACAAGGAGUCUCAUAGAAUUCGUGAAUAGAGUAUUGGCUGUGUCAGGCGAUUUCCCCAUAAAGAAAUUCACCCUAAAAUGGCGAAUUAAAUCAGCUCAUGUCAGCGAUUGGAUAUGUAAUGUGCUGACGCAUGUGAUAGGUCAUGGUGUCGAGGAUCUUGUUCUUCAUUACAUAUAUAGUGACUAUUUGUAUGAUCAACUGCUGUUAAGUUUCUUCAGUUGCAAGACAAUUGUUCAUCUAAAACUAGGAUUUGCGUCUCAUAUGGAUAUUCUUCCCAAAAAUGCAUCUCUUCCAGCUCUUAAGACUCUGCUUCUUGAUUGUAUUCGGUUCUUCCCUCAUCAUUGUGGUCAUGAGUUCGAACCCUUUCUUUCUGCUUGCCCUGUGCUUGAGGAAUUUACGAUAAUAUGUUAUGGGGAAUGGGAAUGGUGGUGCAGAGUCUCAAGUAUGACCCUUCAGAGAAUGACUAUUAUUAACUUUGCAAGGUUUUCCAGGCCUCGUUAUUGUAGCAUCACUUUUGAUACUCCAAGUCUUGCCUACUUAAAAUACUCUGGUUUUGUUCAUAUUGAGCAUCCAGUUGUCAGUCUCCAAUCGCUUGUCGUAGCUAAGCUUGAUAUUUCUCUUUCUUCGAGGGAACAUGGUGAACGCGAUCCAACGAAUCUGAUUGAGGGGUUAAGAAAUAUACAGGUCCUAGAGUUAUCGUCUAUUACAACCUCAGACAUUUUUUAUUCCGUUCGUGAAGCAAUCCCAGUGUUUGAAAAGCUUUCUCGUCUAUCUAUUGCAACUGAGUUAGGCUCGUGUUGGAAACUUGUGCCUUUACUGCUUCAAAAUUCUCCAAAUCUAGAGACUCUUGUCAUCAAGGGUCCUUUGCACUAUUGUGAUAAAUAUGGACAGCAGUUAGAAUCUGUCUGCGAGUGCUUGUCUGGUUAUUCUUUUCCAUGGUCAUGUCAUGUGAAAGUCCUAGAGAUAACGGAGUACCGUGGAACUAAAGGAGAAUUGGAGCAAAUGAAACAUAUCCUUGAGAAACUGCCAUGUCUUGAGCUUGUCAAAGUCCGUGCUUGGGCAGUUGCAAAGUUUUUAUUCACCAAAGAUUUGCUAAUGCUUCCCAGAGCUUGCAAGAUCCAGCUCAAGUAUUGUCAACCAUCAGAGAACUAA